AUGUCCCCCCAUAGAGAAACCUCAUCGGACGAGAGCGCCACCAGCUCGCCCCAGAAUGGCACCAAUGGCGCUGCUGCUCCUGAGCUUGUAGCGGUGCUAACCGACGGCGGGGCGACGACGCCCGAAUCGUUUGCCGUUCAGAAUGGCGUCGAUUCGCACGUCAAGCCUAUUCAGCGCUCAUCUCAUCUGGUCGCGGCCCCUCUCGACGCCGAAUAUGAUCUCAUCUGCGUCGGCUUUGGUCCCGCCAGUCUCUCCGUUGCCAUUGCGCUCCACGACUCUCUCGCCGCGGGCAAGAAGCUUCGACCGGAUGGCUCUGCCCCCAAAGUCCUUUUCCUAGAAAAGCAGACCCGUUUUGCUUGGCACGCCGGUAUGCUUCUUCCUGGGGCCAAGAUGCAGAUUUCUUUCGUCAAGGACCUGGCGACCCUCCGUGAUCCCCGCUCGCAUUUUACUUUCCUCAACUAUCUUCACGAGCACGACCGUCUGGUUGACUUUACGAAUCUCGGCACAUUCCUGCCAGCUCGCAUCGAAUACGAAGACUAUAUGAGGUGGUGCUCAUCCCAUUUUGAGCAUCUUGUUCAGUAUGACCAUGAGGUUGUAUCGGUAACACCAGCCCUGAAGAAGGCCGAUACUGUCAAGCAGUUCACGGUGGAGGCACGAAGCAACGCGAAUGGACAGAUCCAGACCUUCAGAGGACGCAAUGUGUUGCUCGCCACCGGUGGCAAGCCCAGCUUCCCCAAGAGCUUCCCCGUCAAGCACCCUCGCAUUUUGCAUUCUUCGCAGUAUGCUUACAUGGUGCCCAAGAUUCUCACGGACAAGAAUGCUGCCUAUAAAGUCAUUGUUGUCGGUGCUGGUCAGAGUGCCGCUGAAAUUUUCCACAACAUUCAGAAUCUAUACCCCAAUUCGAGUACGCAGCUUAUUAUGCGCCAGGAAUUCCUGAAGCCCAGCGAUGACUCGCCUUUCGUGAAUUCCAUUUUCAACCCUGAAUACAUUGACUCACUUUUCCCCAAGUCUGCCAAGGAUAGAAGCGAGUUCCUUGUUGACGCUCGCGCCACAAACUACGGCGUUGUCCGUCUGGAGCUUAUUGAAGAACUCUUUGAGCGUAUGUAUUCGCAGAAGCGUGUACUUGGCCCAGAUGAGCGUGUCUGGCCGCAUAGAAUCAUGGGCUGCCGCCAGAUCAGCAACAUUGAGUCCAAGGGCGAUGGCCUAGAGGUCAAGAUUCACAGCCUGGCCGAUGGGAUUGUCAACUCGGCAGACGAAGAAAUCCUGUCCGCUGAUCUUAUUAUUGCGGCGACUGGCUACCAGCGCAAUGCGCACAUUGAUAUGCUCAAGGGCACUUGGGAUAUGCUGCCUAAAGCCGUACCUGGAACUACCAUGUUCAACAAGGGCGUCACUGGGUGGAAUGUCGAUACAGAGCAGGGUGAGCGCAAGCUAUCCGUCGGCCGUGAUUAUCGCGUCAAGUACAACGCUGGGUCGGUAGCUGCCGAUGCUGGCAUUUGGCUGCAGGGAUGCUGCGAGGGAACCCACGGAUUGAGCGAUACUCUUCUGUCGGUUCUUGCGACAAGAUCGGGUGAAAUUGUGCAGUCCAUUUUUGGGUCGGAACAGUAA